AUGAAUAUGUUGGAUGAUGAAGAUGACCAAAGCUUUCACGCUACGCGUGACGGCUACUCCCAUUUGAGCGAUGUCGAAUGGGAUGCGGUUGAACGAAUGGGUUCAACCAUGGGCAUCCAUGCUGUUAGCGUCAUGCUAGAGGCUCUCAAUAGAGAUGCCCAACAUGCUACUAUCGCCAAGUUCAUUCAAAAUGAACUUGACGCUGAACGCGAGAAAGUAGCCUUGCUUUACCAACAAGGUUCUCAACAAGCAGAGUUGUUGAGAGAACAGGGUGCUCAACAGUUUGAACUGUUGAGACAGCAGCAGGCUGCUGCUCGCGGUCGAUACAUUCGCGUCGACCCGAGACUUGAGAUUGACAUCUCCAAGUAUAUGGGAGUCGAAGAGGACUCCCUCUUGAGAUGGUUCGUCGAAUUGGAACGCCAUAAGGGCGCGUCGCAUCGACGACGGGGAUAUGCAAGUUGCAUUUGCCCAGUCAAAUCUGGCGGGACGUGCCAAGACUUGGGCACUGGGGCUCAAGUUGCACGACCCAUAUGCGUUUGGGUCGUUGGAAGUCUUCAAUUCGCGGCCCAGACAAACGUUUGA